AUGUCUGAUCAAGACACUCAUCCCAAUAAAUUCACUGAAUUGCGAAAUAUCUUCAAAUAUCACAUCGAUCCAUUUAAUGCGUUAUAUAAGCUAAAAACGGAAAACGAAGAAGAAUUAAACUCGAUUUACAAAUUGAUCAGGACAGAGUUGAUUGAUUCAAAGAAAUACCUUCCCCAAAAUAUUAUCGAAAAUAUUUUGGCUAUCAUUAAAUAUAAUAACCGCUAUACAAAGUCAUACUUGGAACUUGCCAAACAUAUAUAUGAUGAUUAUAAUGUUGAAGAGGUCAAAAAUAUUGACCAUCAUUUAAAGUUCCUGUUUUAUAAAGAAUACGGAAUUAAAUUAGACAAAUCUGUUGAUUUCGAAAAAAUCAAAUCCGAAGAUCUCGACAUUCAUCCAGAAAAUACAAUUUACAGAGCAAUUAUGGAUAAUGACCUAGAAAAAUUCAUUGCUUUCACAGAAAGAGAAGGAUUUGAUAAAAAUCAAAGACUUGAAAGCGUAUUAUAUCCAUAUUUCUACAAAGGAUAUUCGUUGCUUGAAUUAUGCUGUUACCAUGGAGCAGUUGAUUGUUUUAAGUUAUUAAGAACAAAAUUUAACUCAGAAAUAACUGAAAUAUGUCUAAAACUUUCAUUUUUAGGAAGAAAUCAAGAGAUCAUGAGUGAAUGUUUGAAAUAUCAAAAACCAGAUUCUUAUUGUAUGGACUAUGCAAUUAUUUCACACAACAUUGAUUUUGUUACAUUCUUGAUGAAUGAAUACAAUUUAAAGAUCGAUUUAGAAUACUGUGGAAUUUACAAUAAUCUUGAAUCAUUUUUGGUUUAUUUUGAUCAAACUAAUGAUGUUAAUAAUUGUUUUAUUAAAUCGACAAGGUUUAAUAUUCCAUCCCUUUGGGAAUACUUCCUUUCACAUGGUGCAAAUAUCAAUGCAAAAAAUAAAGAUGGAGAAACAGCCCUUCAUGUUGCAGCAAGAGGUAAAAAAGAAACGAUUGAAUUUCUUCUUUCACAUGGUGCAAACAGCAGUCUAAAAGAUAAAGAUGGAAAAACAGCACUUUAUAUUGCUGCAUUUGGCAAUAAAAAAGAAAUAGCCGAAAUCCUUAUUUCCCAUGGUGCAAAUAUCAACGAAAAAAAACAAAGACGGGAAAACCGCCCUCUAUAUUACAGCAUGUCUUAA